GUGUUCUUUGCCGUGAGUGCACAUUUCUUCUAAAGGCCGCCAUGGGGGGAGUUUAUUUCUCUCCGAGUUUACAACGUGACUUUUGCCUCGACUGAUUUCUCCACCAUGGAUCUCAACGGGACACUCAGUGCUUAUCAGAUUGAUGUUCUCUCCACAGUGUAUUUGAUUUCACUAACUCCCAGCGUGAUGGGCAGCUUCUCCGUACUGCUGGUUUCCGUGCUGAGGUGGCGACACCUGCAAGACCAGGUGCACCUCCUGGUCCAGCUGGCCCUGGCAGACCUGGUGGCCGCUCUCAUUCAGAUGUUCACCAGCGCCAUGAACAAAGUCAGCAGCGACAACAGCGUCAUUAUCUGUCAGUACAGCUUGCCUCUGGCACUGACAUUUUACUUCAUCUCAUUCCUGCUGGUGGUGGUCUACGCGUGGAAGUCCACCAAGGCCAUCCGAGGGUGGAGAACUGCACCAUCGGAGGAUGAGAGUCCUUGCAGAAGUCAACAGGUGGCCAUACCUGUGUACUUGCUGGUUUGGUUGAUCCCGACUGUGGUCUACUUGACCUACGUCUUCACUCCUUUCAUCAAAGCCACUUUGGUCAUUCCAGACCCUGGCGCCUCUCUCAGCGUCGUCAUCCAGAAUGAUGCUAAGUACUGCACCAGUUGUAUUCUGUUCUUGCACGGCUGGAAGGAUCCCUGCUCAGAUGCUGAGAUCAUCCAUGACACUUUCAUGCGAGUGUUCCUUGUCCUUGUGGUGAUUCCUGUGAUGCUGGUUUGCUCGGUUAUCUACUAUAAGGUGGGUCGCUGGUAUGAACAGCACAAACAGGAGGGUCUUUUUCCUGUGGAAGGAGAUGGACGCUCAGGCCGGAGAUGGAAAAGUGUCUUUUCCACUGCCAGGAGCAUGGUGAUGGUCAUCCUCUUCUGCUGGACCCCAGCGCUCCUGGUCAUCCUGCUGUCGACAUGGACUGCUGUCGACCAACACAAGCUGUUUGCAGCGUACAUCAUACAGGCUGCCAGCGUGUCCCUGCAAGGCUUCCUCAACAGUCUGGUCUACGCAUGGAGGCGGCCCAACUUUACCGACGCGGUCCUGGGGGAGAACACCCCCCUGCUGGUCUACAAGCACAUGGCCUUCUUCGACCAAUCCCUCAAAAGUUCUCCUUGAGCCUCGAACAAGAGAUUUUGCACAAAAAGACUCUUUAAGAUGACUUUUCAACGAUGACAUGUAUUUAUGCUGCUCUUCAGUGAAGAACGAUUUGCACUUUCAAGCAACGACUUGACAUUUUUAAAGAAAGAACAUUUGGGGGACACUGUGUUAAAAAAAGGAAUAUUUAAGAAUAAAUAUAUUUAUUGGCUCAAA